CCUCUUCCAGCUAGGAUUUUUAUUGCAUGCUACUUUUCAAAUCUGUCGUCUAUAAAUAUAGUGAUAGUAUUAUUUUCUUAUGGGGAAAGGAAAACGUAGGUGUUCGAGAGCUCCAAGAUGAGGAGCCUUAGUACUACCAAUCCCAUUAAUUUGAUCGAUAUCUGUCUCUUCAUCAGUAUUUUGUUGGUAAACGCGGUGGUGACUCAGACUCAAAACAGCAGCAGCACCACCACCCCUGUUAAUGUGGGAGUGGUUCUUGACAUGGAUUCCUUGGUUGGGAAGAUUGGAUUGAGUUGCAUCAACAUGGCCCUCUCUGACUUUUAUGCUACUCAUCCUCACUACAAAACCAGGCUCAUCGUCAACACCAAGGACUCCAAGGAAGACGUCGUUGCCGCUGCUGCUGCCGCUCUAGAAUUGAUAAGAAAUGUAGAAGUGCAAGCAAUCAUAGGGCCAAGAAGUUCAAUGCAGGCCAACUUUGUUAUCAAUCUCGGAAACAAAUCUCAGGUUCCCAUCAUAUCAUUCUCUGCAACAAGUCCUUCUCUUACUUCCCUUCAGAGCUCAUACUUUUUUCGAGCUGCACAAAGCAGCUCAUUUCAAGUGAAAGCCAUAAGCGCCAUCGUCCAGGCCUUCGGAUGGAGAGAAGCUGUACCCAUCUACGUAGACAACCAGUUUGGAGAGAGCUUUAUACCUUCCUUAACAGAUGCCUUACAGGAGAUCAACACUCGCGUCCCAUAUCUGAGUGUCAUUCCUGCGUCUGCUAAUGAUGACCAAAUUGCUGAAGAACUUUACAAGUUAAUGACCAUGCAAACAAGAGUGUUCAUUGUGCACAUGACAAUGCCUCUUGGCUCUCAGAUUUUGGCCAAAGCAAAAGAGAUUGGAAUGAUGAGUGAAGGGUAUGUUUGGAUCAUGACUGAUACCAUGACUAAUCUGUGGAGAUCAAUAGAUGCUUCAGCCAUCGAUUCCUUGGAAGGGAUUUUAGGUGUGAGGUCUUAUGUUCACAAAUCAGAAAAGCUCGAAAAUUUUAAAGGUCGCUGGAAAAGGAAAUUCCAGCAAGUCAACCCAGAUAUUACUAAUGCUGAAUUAAACAUUCUUGGACUAUGGGCUUAUGAUGCAACUUGUGCACUGGCCUUGGCAAUUGAGAGAGCUGGCACAGUGAACCUCCGCUUCAACAAAACAAAUAUUUCCAGCAGUUCUGCGACAAACCUUGAAACAUUGGGAGUCUCACAAAAUGGUCCACGACUUAUCCAAGAAUUAUCAAACAUUAAAUUCGGAGGCCUUUCAGGAGAUUUUCAUUUUGUUAAUGGACAGUUACCAUCAUCUGCGUUCCAGAUAGUUAACGUAAAUGGAAAUAAGGAAAGAAGGGUCGGGUAUUGGACACCCCAAAAUGGACUUGUAAGAAAAUUGGAUUUGACAAACACAAGCACAAAUUCAACUUCUAAGCCAAAACUUGGUCCCAUUAUAUGGCCAGGGGAUACUACCGCGGUUCCCAGAGGUUGGGAGAUCCCAACAAAUGGGAAGAAAUUGAGAAUUGGGGUUCCAAUGAAAGUUGGUUUUACUGAAUUUCUUGAUGUAGCAUGGGAUCCUAUGUCUCACAAAGCAAUAUCAAUUGAAGGGUACUGCAAGGAUGUUUUCGAUGCUGUAAUGGCUAAGAUGCCGUAUGCUAUUCCUUAUGAGUAUGUUCCAUUUGCAACGCCUGAUGGAAAAGCUGCUGGGUCUUACAAUGACUUAACUGAUCAAGUGUACUAUGGGAAUUAUGAUGCUGUGGUAGGAGAUACAACUAUUGUGGCAAACAGGUCAUUGUUUGUGGACUUCACAUUGCCAUACACAGAAUCUGGUGUGGCAAUGAUCGUGCCAAUCAGAGAUAAAAACAAGAAGAGUGCAUGGGUUUUCUUAAAGCCUUUGACAUGGGACCUCUGGGUAACGAGCGGUUGCUUCUUUGUCUUCAUCGGAUUUGUCGUUUGGAUUCUCGAGCACAGAAUAAACGAAGAUUUCCGUGGACCCCCUGCAUAUCAAGUCGGCACCAGCUUCUGGUUCUCCUUCUCAACCAUGGUGUUUGCCCAUCGGGAGAGAGUGGAAAGCAAUUUGGCUAGAUUUGUGGUGAUCAUAUGGUGCUUCGUUGUUCUCAUUCUCACCCAAAGUUACACGGCUAGUUUAACGUCAGUGUUAACAGUUGAGCAGCUCCAGCCGACUGUAACUGAUAUAAAUGCGCUCUUGAAGAGAAGGGAGAGUGUUGGUUUUCUGGAUGGCUCAUUCGUUGAAGGGAUCUUAUUGGGGUUGAAAUUUACAAACUUCCAGCUCAAGAAAUAUAAGUCCCCAGAAGAACUUGAUGAACUUUUUUCCAAGGGAAGUGCUAAUGGGGGUAUUUCUGCAGCUCUGGAUGAAAUUCCUUAUAUUAAGCUAUUUCUUGCAAAAUACUGUGGCAAAUAUACUACGGUAGAACCAACAUUCAAAACCGCUGGUUUUGGCUUCGUGAGUUCUCGGCUGGUUUUGGUUUUGGCAAAUAUAAUGCUAGUCACUACAUUCCUCCAUUCCAUAUGGUAUGAAUGCUUAAUGUUUCAUGUAUGCUCAUUUAUUUAUUUUGGUUUUCAGGUCUUCCCUAAAGGUUCCCCUCUUGUAGCAGAUGUUUCAAGGGCAAUCUUGAAUGUUACGCAAGGUGACAAAAUGGAACAAAUUCAAAAAUUCUGGUUCAACAACGAAGGUGUUUGUCCUGACUUCAACCCCUCUGUUUCGUCAAACAGUCUAGAUCUUGAGAGUUUUUGGGGCCUGUUCCUCAUUGCUGGGGUUGCAUCCAUAUCAGCUCUCAUCAUUUUUGCAGCAAUGUUCUUGUACGAACAAAGGCAUGUCUUGUUUCAACUGCAUUCUGAAACUUCAAUGUGGAGAAGAAUUAGGAUUAUGUCCAGAAUCUUUGACCAGAAAGAUCUGAGCUCCCAUACUUUUAAAAAAAGUGAACUCAGAGAUGCAAGCAGCACUUGUAGUGUUCAAAGUAUAGGUGUUGUUGGAAGCUCACCUAACACUAACUGCCCGCCAAGUCCAUCAAGCUGCUCAAACCAGACAGAUUCUUCAGACUUUGUUUCCUUUGUAGAACAAGGAAGGAUUGCUGGGCACGGUGAUCAGACUCCAAAAGGUUCAUCAUCUCCAGAUAUAUUCCCAUCGCCAGAAAGAUCUUCUAUUGAGCUAGCUAAUUAUAGAAAUGGCACAUGAGCAGAAUUGAUUUAGAAAUUCUCACUGAAUUGAGAGCAAUUUUAGUAAAAGAUGAAUGUAUAGUAUAGGUAGGAUCAUAAUUGGAAUGGAAGCUAAUAAAUUCAGUACUUCAGGUAGCUACUAGCAGCUAUUUUGCUGUUAAGAUAGCCCUUGUUUUUGUGUUUUGAAUUUGAAUAUAUCUGUAUUCCAGCUUCCAGGUUGGAUAUUCUUAACCAAAUGCUGUGGUCGGUUCUACGUAAAAUCCACUCUGCCUAACAUAUUGUUCACAAAUUAGAGGAAGAUGUUCCUUUUUUUUUUUUUUGUGCUUUUAACAAUUUUAAUUGCACCUGAAACCUACCCAUAAUAUGAAGUUACUUCACCAUCUUUGUUCUUAGUUCUUAUUUGGCCUAAAUAUCAGAUCGUAUGUGUUGUAUAUAAAGUAACAAAUUGAACUUCUCAGGAGUGAAAAUGAAACUAUUUUAUAACUU